CCGCAGUCUCGCCUCGCUCCGGCGCUGGAGGUGGCGGUGCUCAGCCGAACAAUCUGGCUCGCGUCCCGGCGAAGAAGAAGGAGGAGUGACGCCCGCAGUGACGCAUCGGUUGCUACGGCUGCAGAUUAUGUUGCACACAUCCGGGGUGUCCGCGGCUCGCGCGCUCGCGUGUGUUAACGCACUUCUGUCCACAGGCGCGGAGUAAGGCGUGCGGCGAUGAGAGCGUCUCUCCAGUGAUCAUGGCCGAUGACAGCGAGUGGGUGCCGGAGAGCAUCGCGGGCUACCUGAGCAGCCCAGACUGGCUCAUCCCACUGGCGGACUUCAUGGAGAACAAAUGCUCAGUGUUUGAUGAUGAUGAUGAGAAUAAGCUGACGUACACGGAGAUCCAUCAGCAGUACAAGCAGCUGGUGGAGCGGCUGCUGGAGAACUACAUGCAGGAGGUGGGCAUCAGCGAGCAGCAGUUUCUGCACGCCUGCUCCUCUUUCAGCAAGACGAAGACUCUACAGGCUGUUUUCCAGCCAGUUCUGGCUACAGAUGAUUUUCAGAUGUUUCGCUCUCUGAUGGUCCAGAAGAACACGGAGCUUCAGCUGCAGGCUCUGCAUGUCAUCAAAGAGAGAAACGGAGGGCUGCCCGAGUGUCUGACAGACGGCGUGGACGUCGUGAGUGAACUCGAGCAGCAGGAAAUGAAGAUUCUUCAGGAGGUUCUCAGGAGGUCGAAGGAGGAGUAUGAUCUGGAGAUGGCACACAGGGUGCAGGAGAAGGAGGAGCAGGCCUCCACCUCCAGCAGUCUGUCUGAGACUCCUCCGUGUGAUUCUACCAACGGCACGACAGACGCUAAAGAACUGAAGUUAAAGGAGUCUGAGUCUGCAGCCGUCAGGAGUUCAGCUGCAACCACACCGUCAUGUAAAAGUAAAGCUCUCCCUGCAGUGAGGGCACCUGUCAAGGGUUCAGUGUCUGCCAACCACACGCCGAGCCCAGAGAGUCCGAGAGAUGAGGACACACAGAGAGACUCCAGAGCUCUCGCUGAUGAGGCGGCGUUACAGCAGCGCUCUGAGUAUCUGAAGCAGCAGAGAGACAAACUGCAGGCCCUGAGGAGAGAUCAGACCCAGAAGAGCCCGGCUGACGCUCCUCCUGCGGCCCCGGAGCCCAAACCCGCUGCACAGGAAAUCUCUGUUGAAGAGAAGAAGAAAUUGCAGAAAAGAAAACACCUGGCAGACAAGCUCAAAGAAGAAGUCAUCAAGAAAUGAAGCUGAAGUCAUCUCUGUGAUCGUAGAGCAGGAACAGACUGUAAAGCCGCGACGCUUCAGCAGAGUCUUACUGCGGCAAAACACAGAAAAGAAAGACAUGGAUGAAUACAAUUUUGUAUAUUGUUUAAUUUAUAUUUUUUUAUGUACCUGUAGGUCUGCCAAACAAAUAUUAGAAGGUGAUCACGCAUUACUUUAUAUAAACCCCAACAGCUGCAGCCCUGAGAGAUUGAUUGUCAUUCUGCC